AGCGUACUAAUCACUUUAUUCGAAUAGCACGACCACAGUAUUAUUUCGUGUCUCGAUACAAUUAAUUGUGAAGAAACUGCCAUUAUAAUAUUAUGUAGAUGCAGCCGAACUCAACAGAUUAACAAAACUAUUCAACGGCAACGUCUUGCAUAGGAUUAAAAAUAAUAUAUAGAUGUAUAAUAUUAAAUACUUUCCACGAUUCUUGUAUACGGUAUUACUACCGCAAUAAGUCAAUUGGUAAAAAGGCCAACGAUUUUUCGGACGAAUUACGACGGUCAUCUAUAAGUCUUCGUCCAAAAUAAACGAUUCUCGCAUAUACACAGACAACAAGAGAUUUAUAACCAUCACUAUGAUAUUUAAUUCACGAAACGUAUCCCAGAGAUGGGUGAUGGCCGUGAUGGGGAUGCUGGGCGUGACGAUGGCGUACGUGAUGCGGGCGUGCCUGGGCAUCACGCUCACGCAAAUGGUGGUGUCCGUGCAGGUGCAGGGGCGGCGGAGCGACCCUCUGACGGCCGUGCAACACGACUACUGCCCGUUGCCGGGGACGACGGCGCAGGGGCGACUGCUGCAUUCGUCGGCGUCCAACCAGACGUCAGUGGCGGCCACGACGACGGAACAGGGGCACGUGCACGGCGACCGCCGGAGGUUCGACUGGGACGAGGAGACACAGGGGGAGGUGCUGUCGGCAUUCUACUACGGUUACAUACUCACGCAUGUGCCCGGCGGUGUGCUGUCCCAGAAGUACGGAGGAAAGCACACCAUGGGCAUCGGCAUACUAUGCACGGCCAUAUUCACGCUGAUGACACCGUGUGUGGCACACAUCGGGUCCAGGCCGCUGGCUAUCCUGCGAUUCGUCGAAGGACUUGGUGAAGGCAUGACGUUUCCGGCGCUUUGCACACUCCUGGCGCAGUGGGCGCCCCCUGAAGAAAAAGGAAAGUUUGCCACGCUGGUAUUUGCAGGUGCACAAAUCGGUAAUAUUUUGUCCAAUUUGUUGAGCGGGUUCAUCAUGCGGUACAUACCCGGUGGUUGGCCGAACGUCUUUUACUUUUUUGGCAUUGUUUCAAUCAUUUGGUUUAUAAUCUGGUGCAUGUUCGUAUACAACGAUCCAAAUUCUCACCCAUUCAUCUCGGACGAAGAGCGGGACUACUUAAAAAGAUCCAUCGGAAGACUAGAAAGGAAGAAGGAUCUGACGCCUACACCGUGGAAAUCCAUACUAACCUCUGGGCCAGUAUGGGCGCUGGUCAUUGGUGGAGCAGGACACGACUGGGGCGCUUUUACUUUAAUCAGCGAUCUUCCCAAGUACAUGAGUGAUGUCUUGCACUUUUCCGUGACUGAAAACGGUUUGUUAUCGUCAAUACCGUUUUUCGCUCAAUGGGUUACAUCGGUUGCUGCCAGUAUACUAGCAGAUCGCCUAAUAAGUAAAGGAUCAAUGAAAGUCACCCAAGUCAGAAAAAUGUAUGCCUUUAUAGGAAAUCUUGGUCCCGCUCUGGGAGUAAUGUGUGCUUCGUUCGUUGGAUGUAAUAAAAUUAUUGCAACAUUGUGUUUUACCUUCGGCGUGGCCCUCAUGGGAUUCUGUUAUCCUAGCUUACGUAUUAAUUCACUUGACUUGUCACCCAAUUAUUCACCUACUCUGAUGGGAUUGGUAAAUGGCAUUGGAUGUUUGUCAGGAAUGGCCACUCCAUACAUCGUAGGAAUCCUCACACCAAAUAGAACCGUUUUAGAGUGGCGUUUGGUAUUUUGGAUCAUGGUGAUAAUCAUGAUGUCAACUUCUUUAAUAUUUCUUUUUUUGGGAUCUGGUGAAGUACAGCCAUGGGAUGACAUAAAACAGUACCGUCUAAGUGAAAAUGAAAAAGAUAAUAAACAUGAUGAAUCAAAUGUAAUACAAUUGAAAUCAAUAGAAGAUGAGAAAACAUCAAAAUAGUUUUAAUCAUAAUCUAUAACUAUAAAAAUUACAAAUUUGUCAAAACCAUCCUUUACAUUGUAAAUAUAAAUACAAUUUAGGUACCUAUUAAUUUAGUUAUCAAACACUUGUUUUAUUAACUAUUUUAAAAAUGUACUGUUAUCUGUGGAAAUAAUAGAAUAAAUUGUAUUAGUAUACUA